AUGUGUGCUCUGGUUGAUCUUGUUUUACUACACUUGAUUCUCUUCUUCACUCACUUUUCUUUAGCUGCUGAUGUCCUAUUGUGGAAGCGGCAGAAUGUUUCUUUUGGCAUCAUUGUUGUUACUACAGUUGCAUGGCUUCUUCUUGAGUGGUCUGGAUUAUCGUUGUUGUCAAUCUAUUCAGAUGUCUUGCUAAUUUUAAUUGUGCUGCUAUUUCUUCAUGCCAACUAUGCUAUUUUUAGAGAUAGACAAUUGGAAACAUUAUCGGAGCUAGUACUGUCAGAGGAAAUGGUUAAUAAUACUGUAGCAUCAUUUCGUGUUAAAAUCAAUAGUAUGUUGCUCAUGGCUCAUGGUUGUACUCUUGGCAGGGAUUUUAGACUUUUUUUCAAACAGGUCGUUAUCUGUCUGUGGCUUUUAUCUGUUAUCGAUAGCUAUUUUUCUUUCUUCACACUCACUUAUAUUGUAACCAUAAUACCUAUUACAGUUCCUGCCUUGUACAGCAAAUAUGAAGAGCAUGUGGAUAGGUGUUGUGGCAUGACCCACCAACAAUUUUCAAAGCACUAUAAAAUAGUGGACGAAAGUGUUAUUAGCAGACUCGGAAUUUUUCGAAGAACAAGAAUGUAUAAUUCUGAUAGCCUUGUUUCAGUCAGAUGACAAUGCACAGAGGAUUGUUUCGGAGUUUCAUAUGCUGUUUUGAAGUCAUCUAUAAUUUUGUUGUUUUCUAGAUGUUGGACCAGACUGAAAUCCCUGAUUCUCAGUAAUGUUUGGAUUCUGCUCGGUUAUCUUUCACUAUAAUAUAGUAGGGGAAAAUGUGAGGGGUUGAUAUAGGCACCUGGAUCUGCAAGUUUUGAGUAGCCAACUGUUUUUCUGGUAUUCGAGAGAAGAGUAGCGAAGUUGUGCACUCUGUAACCAUAUAAAACAAAUAUUUUGGCAAAGAUGAAGAUUCAGAGACGCACGACGGUGAUCUUGUUAUAGGAGAUAAUGAUUUCUGGCUGAAGUUUUGCUAGUAAUGUUUACUGCUUAAGUUGGGACAGAACUCAGAAGCGAAAAAUGCUGAACUACGGAGGGCUUUAGCCAUGGGGCGUACAGUGGUAUUGAUUAUUAGGCCAUUGGUCGAAGAUUGUCGACCUCAUUCUACCCUUCAGUCUAAUAAUUCAGGCCUUGCCAUGAACCGCAUGUCCUGCAUACCAGGCAUGCAAUUUACGUACAAGGUUAACGUCCUUUCUAUCUAAAUAUAUAAUCAUCAAGCUGUUAAGUUGCAUAAAGUACUCAUUAUAUUGGUGUUACUAUGCUACCCCCCUCUCUCUCUCUCUC